AUGGAGGACCCUGCAGAGUGGCUGCGACGUGAGGGCGCUUCAGUGGUGGAUGACCUCUUGACCAAGGGACCUCCCAAGGAUCAUGACGUUAUCCUGAAGGUCACGCUUGAAGAAAUCCAGAAAGGCUUUUGCAGUCCGCUCAUGUCUCGAGCAGAGGUGGACAAACGAUUUGGGCGGGGCCGAUGGAGGCCCCUGGAGCGCUUUGUGAUCACCCAGCCGGAUGGGAAGCAAAGGGUCAUCGACAAUGCCCGAAAGACCGGUCAUAAUGCCCAUACCUACAUGCUGGAGACCAUUCAUACUGUCAGUGUGGACUUUGUUGCAAGCUGUGUCCGGGAUGUUUUUCGGACCCUCUUCCCAAAUUGCUCUGACGCUGUGCCUCCACCCUGCGACUGGAUGGCGGUGCGCCUCGGCACGGACGACCUUCCUGAUGCCUACAGGGGCCACCCAGUCGAUGAUGACCAACUCCGCUUUAGCGUGGUUUCCAUAUGGAUCCCAGGCUCUGGAUGGAACUUCACUAUCUUGUGGGGAGUGGCAUAUGGUUUGGAGGCUGCUGUAGUUGCUUUCAACAGGAUGCCUCUACUGGGCAUCGCAGCCUGCAGGCGCAUGGUCUCUGCUUUCACCGCCGCUUACUUCGAUGACGAGCUUUCCCUCGAGUUCAUUCGUGAUGCCGAUGUUUCCCAGGGAGGCCUCCACUUGGUUUUCUCUCUCAUGGGCUCGCCUCCUCAGCCUUCUAAGCGCUUCUGGGCUUCGGCUGACAGAUGCUACCUUGGCACGUCUGUCCACGUGGGAUCCGCAAACUCCUUGGGAGUGGUGCGUGUCCAGCCCAAGAUUUCGUCGGUGCAGAAAGUCUGUGCUAAGCUGGAUGCGGCUUUGGAAUCUGCUUCGUUGUCCCGAGAUGAGGCGGGUAAACUUCGAGGUGACCUGCAAUGGCUUUUUGCCAGCUGCAACGGCUCUGCGGCUCGGUUUGCUGCGCCGGUGCUACAGCGGUGCCAAUAUGGCGACAAUCCUCGCCGUGAUCUCUUAUGGUUCAUCGACAACCAGGCUGCAGUGGCUGCUGCGGUUAAGACUGCUAGUGCAGAGGAGGAUGUUUUUGAGAUAGCACACAUGGCUGCACUUCUCAGGGCGAGGUUACAGUGCAGAUGUUGGUUCGAGUGGAUCGAUUCAGAUUCGAAUCCCAGUGAUGGCCUUUCGCGAGAUGGCCUCCUCGACACUUGGUCACUCUCCCAGACAUGGUUCCUGGAGUCUCACAAUUUUCCAGCGGCGGCAUACCGCUCUCAGAUCCGUGCCGACCUGCUGAAAGGCUGA